CGAUUUGAUUAUAAUACUUAAUAUCAGAUGACUUUCCAAGCUUCGCUAUCAAAAUUACGAAAAAGUAUAUAAACUAAGUUACAUGCACAAACUUCACCCUACAGUUUUUUGAGAGACCUUUUGACAAGCAUCAGGAGUAAUUUGAUAGAUAAAUAAUGAAAUUCCUAGCCUUCUUCGCUCUUUUUGUAGUGGUGGCAUCCGGACACCUUCACCAAUUUGAUCCAGAGCUUAACAAGCACUGGGAAAACUUCAAGAAAGUAUUCGGCAAAGUCUAUGAUGAAAGGGAAGAAAUUCACAGACGCAUGAUUUGGGAACAAAGAGUGGCUGAUGUCAUCCAGCACAACCUCCGUUACGAUAUCGGAUUACACUCUUACAGAAAGGGCAUCAACGAAUAUUCUGAUCUGGAGUACGAUGAAUUUGUAAGAACAUUCAACGGUUUCCGCCGUCAUCUUGGUCAGAAAAGCAACGCAUCCUCUUGGGUUCCUGUAUUCAACGUCCAAAUUCCAGAUCAGGUCGACUGGAGAACCAAAGGACUCGUGACUCCUGUUAAGAAUCAGCAACAAUGUGGUUCCUGCUGGGCCUUCUCCACGACUGGCUCUCUGGAAGGUCAACACAAGAAGAAGACCGGCCAAUUAGUUUCCCUCAGUGAACAGAAUUUGGUAGACUGUUCUGGACCAGAGGGAAACCAAGGAUGUGAAGGAGGUUUGAUGGACCAGGCUUUCCAGUACAUCAAGGACAACAAGGGCAUUGACACUGAAGACUCCUACCCAUACACCGCUGAAGAUGGAACUUGUCACUUCAAAAAAUCUUCUGUUGGAGCAACCGUCACUGGAUACGUUGACAUCCCCACUGGAGAUGAGGAAGCCCUUAAGCAGGCAGUAGCCACCGUUGGACCCAUUUCAGUUGCCAUCGAUGCCAGUCAGGAUAGUUUCCAAACCUAUCAAGACGGUAUCUAUGACGAACCCCAGUGCAGCUCUGAAUUGUUGGAUCACGGCGUUCUGGCUGUUGGCUACGGUACAGAAGAUGGAUCUGAUUACUGGCUUGUUAAGAACAGCUGGGGAACAAGCUGGGGUAUCAAUGGUUACAUCAAGAUGUCCAGAAACAAGAACAACCAGUGUGGUAUUGCAACCCAAGCCAGCUAUCCACUCGUUUAAAAAACAAUGACUAUAUUGACAUUUUUAAAAGCUUAAUUCAUGAAUGCUUUAAUAUUAUAUGCAUAACUAGCAAAAUGUUUUGCAUAUUUUUGUGACGAUUAUUCUUAUUGUAAUUUUUAAAUGUAAAUAUAAAUAAUUUUAAUAAAUGUCAUAUUUAUGAGUUG